AUGGCGACACAAAAGUUGGACGUGCUCCUCUACGGACUUGGGGCAAUCGGUUCAUUCUACGCAUUCAUCAUCAGCCGCAAUGAGAACGUGCGCCUGACAGUCGUCGCACGCUCGAAUUACGAGGCUGUGAAGGCAAACGGCAUACAGAUCACUAGCGAAAACCAUGGCGAGCACCGCGUGGUGCCGUACAGAGUGGUCAGGACAGCCGCCGAGGCAGCCACCACCUUUGACUAUAUCGUCUGUGCCCACAAGGCGCUGAACCAGGCCAGUGUCCCCUCCCAGAUCGCGUCCUGCGUUUCCGACAGGGAGACGACCAUCGCGAUCAUCCAGAAUGGCGUGGGGAAUGAGGAGCCAUUCAGAGCCGCCUUCCCGACCGCCACCAUCAUCUCAGGUGUUACUUGGGUCGGGGCCAAACAGACAGAGCCCGGUAUCGUUGCGCACACGUCGUCGGAAGACCUGCAGGUCGGCCUGUUCGAGAACAAGCACGGCGACUCGGCACUUGACAACCGGAACCUCGAACGAUUCGCAUCCCUCCUAGCAGGAGGGAAGACCGUAUUCCAGGUCGUGCCCAACAUCCAGGUUCAGCGCUGGGAAAAGGUGGUGUGGAAUGCGGCGUGGAACUCGCUGACCACGCUCACCCUCAUGGACACACACAGCUGGCUCAAUUCAUCCGUUGAAGCGACGCCAAUGACACGCAGGCUGAUGAGAGAGGUCAUUGACGUUGCAAAGGCACUGGAUGUGCCGAUUGAGUACGACCUCGUCGAUAAGUUGUUGGGAAAGAUAUUGAGUAUGCCGCCGAUAUACAGCAGCAUGAAGGUGGACUUUGACAACGGAAGGCCGAUGGAGGUGGAUAUCAUCCUCGGAUACCCUGUGCGCAAGGGGAGGGAAUUGAGAAUCCCCAUUCCUACUGUCGAGACGAUUUAUACUAUUCUCACGGCGAUAAAUAUGCGUCUGACGCUGGCGCAGUCUGCGGGAAAGCUGAAUGCUUCUCUCUAA